CAGUUGUUUCUGUUUGAUGGUCAUGUUCCACCUUGAUCUACACAGGAAGCUGGCGUUGAAGUUCCACCCCGACAAGAAUCCAGACAAUCCAGAAGCGACAGAUAAGUUCAAGGAGAUAAACAAUGCCCAUGCCAUUUUGAAUGACCCCACGAAGCGUAAUAUUUAUGACAAAUAUGGUUCUCUGGGACUAUAUGUGGCUGAGCAGUUUGGAGAGGAGAAUGUUAACACUUACUUUGUCCUUUCAAGCUGGUGGGCAAAGGCUCUGUUUGUACUCUGCGGCCUAGCUACUGGCUGCUACUUCUGUUGCUGCCUGUGUUGCUGCUGUAACGGCUGCUGUGGAAGAUGUAAACCACGACCUCGGGAGGGCCAGGACCAGGACUUCUAUGUGUCCCCCGAGGACCUGGAGGCUCAGCUGCAAUCUGACGAGAGGGAGGCUGGUGGUGACCCUAUAGUGCUGCAACCAUCAGCAACAGAGACAACCCAGUUGACAUCGGAUGGGCACCACUCCUACCACACUGACACUGGCUUCAACUAACCCUCUGUUCCCAUCAAUCCUGGCCUGUGGUCCUGCCUGCUUCCCUGCUCCACCUCAGUGAGAUGAAAGAAAGGGGCAAUUCAUCGUUCCUCUUCAGACAGAGAGCUAUGCGGAGGAGAGGGACUAGUAAGCAUGGCCCAUGAAAGGAACUAAUGAAGUCCCGUCCCUUACACCCCUCCCUGAUCGGUCCACAACUUGUUUCCCACAGUGUGAGAAGAAAAUCAAAACAACUAGAUUGUUUCCUUUUUGUCUCUUCUUUUGUAUUUCUUGGCCUUUAACCACACAGGUCGCCUACCCCACCUUCCCUCUUCCAUAUUUCGCAUCAUGGUGUAGCAUGCACUGGUUAUAAAACAUGGUCUCCA